GCGCGCGUGCACCUGCCAGGCUGUAGCGGGGAGAGAGAGAGGAGCGACACGGUGAGUUUACCGCACCUUACUGCUCGUUGAUCCCGCACUUUACCGCACACAUAGACACGCACGCGACUUUGCCGUCAUGUGGGCCGCGGUGAUGGAGCGCUACGAGGCGUUUUUAACGGAGAAGAACUUGCUGACCGACUGUUUAGCGGAGCUCGAGCGGCGCACCGGCGUCCAGAGACACUACAUCGCCUCAGGUACACUGUGCAUCAUGGCGCUGUACCUGUUAUUUGGUUAUGGUGCAUCUCUCCUCUGCAACCUAAUUGGAUUCGUCUACCCUGCCUACGCUUCUGUGAAAGCGAUCGAGAGCAGGAAUAAGGAGGACGACACACAGUGGUUGACGUACUGGGUGGUGUACGGUAUCUUCAGCGUGGCCGAGUUUUUCUCAGACAUUUUCCUCUACUGGUUUCCGUUUUAUUACGCUGGAAAGUGUGUGUUCCUGUUAUGGUGCAUGGCCCCCGUGUCCUGGAACGGUUCUCAGCUGAUCUACACUCGAGUUGUUCGUCCAUUCUUCCUGCAGCACGAGGCGGCGCUCGACAGCAUGGUGAAAGACCUGAGCGGAAAAGCCAAGAGUGCGGCUAAAGAGGGUUUCACUCUGUUGGCCAGCGAUAAGGAUAAAUAAUCAUUUUUAGGAGGUGAUGUGAAGAAAAUGAGGAAAUUUCUUUUCACCACAGUGCCUUUAAUUGUCACCUACGUUUCAUCAUCAUCUUCAUCAUCUUCAUCUUCAUCAUCACCAUCAGUGACUGAGCUCCAGCUGUUUAUAUGUCAUUAAUAUCAUUCUUAUAACUGUGAAUUAAUGUUAAGGCAUCACUUCACUCCAUAACUAUGACUUGUUCAUGAAGAACAAUGUGUGUUUUUGUUCCAGAUCAGUUUUAAUACUUAAAAUAAUAAAAUAAUAAUAAACUUUCAGAAAAUCUGA